CAUCGGAGCGGGCAGCCCCAGCUCGAGCUCCCGUGCCCGAGGCGCCCCGCUGCACCGCGCAGCAGCUCCUGCCGCCGGUCGCCUUCCGCCGCAGAUCCCUGCUGCGAGUCCCCGUCGCCCCGUUCUGGAUCGGGUCAGCCAAGCAGGGCGUUCGCCUCGCCUCGCUCCUGGAUCGGGAUCGAGGUCGAGCGCCUCGCCUGAUCCCCGCGUUGACCAGCCGUGCCAGGCCAGCCACAGCCUCCCGCAUCGGCCGCCCCAGCCCUCAGCCGGCCUGUCCUCCUCUCUGCGCCACAGGACUCAGCCGGCCUCGUCAGUUCCUGCUCGCUGAAGCUGGUAAUCUGCAUGUGGUACAGAUCUCGAUCUUGCUUUAAAAAAGGGAUUUGGGAUCUCUCAUGUGGUGCAAAUCUGGAGCAGAACAAAAUGUGCAUCCUACGAUCUAGAGAAAAAAAACCAGUUGAUUCAGGUUUUAGCAAAUUUUAUUUGAACUCUUAAGCUUGAUGAAUUCCUGAAAGAUGCAUGCCCAAUGUCCUUUUUGGCAAUUCUUGUCCAGUGUUUCUACAAACUUGCAAUUUUGUGUUCAAUCAUAUAUUGCCUUGAACGUGCUGCCUGUGAUGAUCUGACUAUGCAUUUGUCGCAGCAGGCAUCUCUUCUGUUGGUAUGUUUAUCUGAAGUAAAAAAAUUGAUAAGCCCAAGCCCCUAUUAAGACUGUUGUGCAGAUAUACUUAUGAUUUUAUUUUUGCUCCUUAUCAGCUUAUCAUGCUGGCCUGAAUAGUAAAGUGCAAACUACCGUUCUUGAUGACUGGCUUUCAUCAAGGACACAAGUUGUUGUUGCAACUGUAGCAUUUGGGUAUAUAGCUUCUUUCUGCAUCUUGUAAACAUUGUUUCUGUCUUACGACCUGAUUCCAUGUCCACGAGUUGUAGAGUACAACUUCAUCCGACAUAGUUACCUACAUACCUUCCAACUUGUAGUAUAUACUUUAUUUUUUCUACACCAAUAUUAGACUCAUACUCUGUUUUCAUGUGUAUUGCAUUUUUCGAUAUGGGCCUUGUCCGGAUUUUAAUGUGUAUGCUGCUCCACAGAAUGGGUAUUGAUAGACAAGAUGUCCGCAUUGUGUGCCAUUUCAACUUGCCUAAGUCAAUGGAAUCUUUUUACCAGGAGUCCGGACGCGCUGGUCGUGACCAACAGCCUUCUAGGAGUGUUUUGUAUUAUGGGUUAGAGGACCGAAGGAGAAUGCAGCAGUAGAAAACAACAGCCACCUUCUUCAACUGAGCUUUCAGAGAAGACCCUAGCCGACUUUAGUCAGGUACAACCAACUUUAUGCCAACGCACACACGAUGCUUGCAAGCACCCAAAUCAAGUGGCCUCACGUUUGGAGGACCUUCGGCAUGUGCCCAACUCUCGCUUUAACAAUAUAUCUCCAGUCUACAACAUGCCCAACUCUCGCUUUAACAAUAUAUCUCCAGUCUUCAAAACUGAUCGUUAUCGGGGCCUCGGCAAGUGCAGUUGACAUUUCGAGGGACAUUGCAAGCGUUGCGAAGGAGGUCCAUAUUGCCGAUAGAUCAGCGCCGACUUCCACUUGCGAACAGCGGCCUGAAUAUGACAACAUGUGGCUUCAUUCCAUGAUUGACCAUGCACAGGGAGAUGGCACUGUGGUGUUCCGGGACGGCAGUUCAAUCAAAGUGGAUGUCAUCAUGCAUUGUACUGGCUACCUAUAUGACUUCCCGUUUCUUGGGGAUGAUAGCACCAUCACGGUGGAUGACAACUGCGUUGAUCCAUUAUACAAGCAUGGUUUCCCUAUAGAAGUGGCUCCUGGCGUGUCUUUCAUCGAAUUGCCGUGGAAAGCCAUCCCUUUUCCAUUGUUUGAACUGCAAAGCAAAUGGGUCGCUGGUAUUCUAUCAGGACGGAUCAAGCUUCCAUCGAAAGAUGAAAUGAUGGAAGAUGUCAAAGCCAUCUACUCGAAACGGGAAACUCGUGGAUGGCCCAAGAGAUAUACCCACAACUUCAGUGGUGGCUAUCAGUUUGAGUACGAUGAUUGGCUCGCGGAGCAAUGUGGCCAUCCACCGAUUGAAGAAUGGAGGAAGCUGAUGUAUGCUGCUAAUGCGAAGAAUAAGGAUGCUCGCCCGGAGAGAUACCGGGAUGAGUGGAAUGAUGAUCUGGUGGCACAAGCAAGUGAGGACUUCAAGAAAUAUUUGUGAUUUUUGAUUCUCAUUUUCAUCGCUAUGAAACGGUAUAGUCAUUGCAGUAAGUAUUUUACACGUAAAAUUAAUUUUGUACAUGCGAACUCAAAACCAGGAUGUCCAUGACCUUGAAUCGCUUGUGAAUUACUUUUGUCACCAUAUCAGGAUUCCAUAUUUACAUC